UGUCUCUCUGCAGGCCCUGUCACCUCCAUGCCGCUGCCCCUCACCCUGCGUCUGGGCUGUCCCCUGCUGCUCUGCGACCUGGCCCUGCUGGGCUGGGGCGUCCCCUCGCUGGCCCCCCUGGGGCUGCCGGCCACCUGGCUGGAAGCUGCUGUGCGUUUCCUGGGGCUCUGGGGAGCCUGGGGGCUGCUGGCCCCGGAUCAGCCCCACCUGUCCCCCCCCAGGGCCCUGGCUGCCCUGUGCCUGCUGCCCCCCCUGUACCUCGCCCUGCGAAGCUGCCUGCCCCUGACCGACGUGCCCCCUGCCCUGCUGGCCGGCGCCCCCUGGGCCUGGCUGCUGCUGAGCUAUGGGGCAGUGGGGCUGGCCCAGCUCACCUGGGGGGCCCUGGGGCAGAGGGACAGGGCUGGGGGGCCCGGUGCUGAGGACAGAGAGCAGGAGUCCAGGGCCACCCUGCGCCGGCUGGUGGAGCUGUCCUGGCCCGAUGUGCCCUUCCUGCCUGGGGCCUUCAUCUUCCUCACCCUGGGUGUGAUUGGCGAGUGGGCCCUGUGGGGGAAGGCUGCCAGGCAGGGGUGCUAAUUGCAGGUGCCAGGCUCAAAGGAGUUACUGACAGAACAACUUCAGAGCUCGAUCAGAAAGUCAGAGACCCGGGUUCAGUUCCGUGCUGCGCCCAGGCUGCUCUGACAGGUCACACAGGCCUUGGCCCUCAAGAGAUGCCGGGAUUGCAACACCUACCCUGAAAUCCCAGGAACACUGGUCGACACAGCCUGAGUCCAGCACCAAGGCU